GUGCUACUUGUGCUAGUACUCGUGGUGGUGCUCGUGUUUGCCUUCAUACUCUUUUCAGCCCUCCUCGCGCAGUUCAUCGCAGUCUGCAGACUUCGUCGGUGCUGUGAGAAACGCUCGAAUGCCAUAUACGUGAAACGAAACAAUAAUCGCUGGUAAAUGUUUCCAGUUAAUACAAAAUUACUUAUAAAAGACAAUGUGUUACAACAGGUGUAUAUACUGUCUAAUUAACAAUUGUCAUCGUGUCAUCAAUUAAAUAAGUAUCCAGGACGUAAAGAAUUGUAUACUGAAGAGUGACAUACUAUUUCUUAAAAAAUUUCAAGAAAAUAAUGAAAAUUUAUAAUGAAAUCAAGAUAUAUUUUAUUCAAACAACUGGUGUAUAUUGAUAAAGAGGAGCAAUCAUAUUUGUACAAGAGCAAUUAGUACAGAACAUAAUAAAAAAAUCUUUUCAAUCCGGGGUCAAGGAUCAAUGUCAACAGAUAGUGUCGUUAUCAGCAUUUAAUAUUCCUCAAUAUAUACACAUAUAUAUAUAUAUAUAUAUAUAUAUAUAUAUAUAUAUAUAUAUAUUGAUAUAGAGUAAAGUCUAUAAUAUUCUCACACAAUUUUGCGAAGCAUCCAAUCACUAAGAUUCUCUUAACUCGUCGCUUCUCGACGUAGAAGAAGAUGACAGCAUGACGUAAUUUCUAAAGUGGAUAAACUAUGUCCGCUUUCUUCCAGAUAGCGCUAAUUCUUUAAUUAGGUUUGUCAGUCUUAACUAGGCGUCGGAUCCUUUGUCUUAAUCUUAUAUCAACCGAAUGAAAACUGAAGAAGCAGAGAGAAUUGGAACUUUUAUCCAGUAAAGUAUACACGGCUGAUACAUAUUUUCAUUUUAAUAUUUUGAAGUUAGUGUGCAUAUUUCGCAUUGAGCUUGUAAUUGAGUUUAAUUAGCGAGCACAUGUAGUAUCAUUGGAAUGACUCAUUCUACCUAAGAUAUAAAAAUAAAAAUUGCAUAAUUCAAUAACAAUACACGUAUUAAGAUCUAAAGUUAAAAAAAAAUAAAAAGUUAAAAGAAAUAUGGAAAGUGGAUAAAAUUUUCUUAAAAUCACAUAAAAGACUACGAAGACCAUCCUUCAUGUAUAUCAUAAUUAAUACCUUCUUGCUCUAAUUAAUUGAGGUCACACCCGUCCUAAUAAAAUACACUCACGAAUAUUUAUUCACUAUACGCACUGUUACUCUUACGUGUAAAUAUCGAUACGCAAUUUCCCAUUAAUUUUUUCUAAACAAAUUCAUCAUAUAUCAAUCUUCUACCACAUCACUGUACUUUUCCAAGUACCCAAGAUGGACCAUGUUUGACUCCAGAUAACUCACGCGUUACUGUUUAACAAAAAUGUCCCUAGUAAGAUGAACUUAUUGAAUGUAAAAGUAAUCAUUUUUUUUCAAAUUCCACUACAACUAACUACACUGCGUGCGAUAAGUAUUUUUGUAUUUUAAGAUUGUACGAAUUGACUAGGGGGUGGCUCCCUACUAAGGGAGAUGAAUCAUACCGUAUAAAACGGAAGAACGGAUCGAUAUAAAAACCAUUGCCAGCACCUAUGUAUCAUAGCUACAUAGUAUAUAAAACCUCUGACUAGGAACUGGAAAGAGUGAAUUUCGUUGGCAGAGUCUCCUGAUGAUGUUCCACCAGUUCCUAGCAUGACUCGUUCUGGCAUCUGGACAUCCCUCAUAAUGCUCAUCCUCCUUUUUGAAAAUCUGGAAGCUGUGACAGUUGUCAACCAUCAUCCAGACGAUGAAUUCAUACUGGACCACCAAGUUCUCUAUGAGGAUGCCAUUAGGGAGGCUAAGAAACUCAAAAUCUUUCCAGUCGGCAUGGAUCGAAAAGCACCAAUUCCAGGAUGCAACCCUUGUACGUCCGAAGAGAUGGAUUACUGCAAAAAUGGAAAAGUCAUAGAGGACCAUUGUUGUUGCGACGGCAGCUACUACAAAGUAUUUCCUUUCGUCGAACAUAUAUGUCGAGUUGGACCGGAAGCCUGUAAUGUUCAUGCUGGAGACUGCUCAGAAUAUUCGAGAUUACGUGAAUGCUGCUGUUCUCCCUAUCUGGCCUCAGUAUGGAAAUAUCGUGCAGGCGGUGCUAACAGCGUCAGGACGAAUCACUGGCACAUCCUGACCAUCCCAAUGUUUUUAACUAUCCUAAGAGAAAUUCCAAGGUUACUGGGUCUGUCUUGAUGCAAGCACAUAAGACAGACCGACUAUUUUGUAUAGUAUGAAUUAUUUUAAUAAAUUAUUUUUACUUAUA